GGGAGCAAAAUAUCUUGAAAUUGCAGCGUACGCCGGGGAGGCUCUCCUUUCCCUGGGAGGGCGGAUCCUGGAGCUGCAGGAUGUGUGUAUUGCAAUGCGGUCAGGCUGACAUCCCAAACCCAGGUAUUCGGAUUGGUUUUGUUAAAAUGACUUCUGUGUGUUUUUAGCAUCUGUUUGAGUCUGAAAUACUCUGAAUGCUGAGGCCUUUCUCCUCCCCCUCAGUAAUUACCCCGGCUGUCCUCAACCAAAUCAUUGUUGCCUCAUGCUGUCCCUGGAAUCAAACACCAGCAGGCUGUGCUCUGUUCUGCCGAGCUCCCCCAACACUGCCGUGCCUUCUGCCGGGCUCAGCCGCUGGGAUAUCGCUGCCGCUUGAAUAUGGAAGAUCUGUGCGUGCUGCGAUUUGCAUUAUUGUAAAUGGGGUAAUUGAAUUACAGCCUCAGCCACGGCUUGUUCCUCCGGUGCUAUCAGCGGUCAGCCAGCGCCAGCGGGGGUGCUGGGCAGGACCAGCUGAGUGCUUGCUUGGGUCUGACAUUUCCACCAACUCUAUCAUUGGAUGAGAAAGCUACUUCUUUUAACGUAAAUUGCCAAGGCAGUCUCUGGAAGCAAGACGACGUUAGAUGCUAACCUAAAAAAUAAAGCUAACCUGAGACCCUCCAGCUUCUGAUAAGCUGCUGAUUUAACUUGUCCGUGUAUUUGUGAGGCGUACAGGGAAUCUGGCGCAUCCCCGUGGAUGAAAUCGACCGCCCGGGCAGUUUUGCAUCUCAUAUGAACCGCUCUAUAGUCCUGCUGCUCAAUGUGCUGUCACAGCUGAAGGAUUACAACACCCUGCUGAAAGUCUCAUCUAUGCUACAGAGGACCCCUGAUCAGGGAAAGAAGUACUUACGUGAUGCAGAUCGCCAGGUUCUGGCCCAGCAAGCCUUUGUGCUGACAGUGAAGGUGCUGGAGGACACGCUGAACGAUCUGACACAGGUUUCAGAAGAUCAGAGUGCCAAGACUUCUAACCUCACCUCAGGAAGGAUGACAACAGACGUUUCUAAUAAAACUAGUGCUGAAGAGGGCAAAGACGUCCUUCCCAAAAAACCAGUUUUGUCUGAUGGAGUAGUACACAGUACUGAAAAUGGAGUGAAAGAAGUGACUCAGGGACAAAUCCCCAGUGCUAUGGACAUAUUGGAACACGAGGACAAAAAUGCCAAGGAAAUUAGAGAGCUCCCUAGGCCUGGUUCUGUUGAGCCUAUGGAUUUUGAUGGAUAUUCCAAUGACCCUGAAAAAAUUGAUACUUUGUGUAAACACAGUGAGCCGGACCGUCUUCAGUCUGGCAGGAACUCAAAAGAGAGAGUUCCAGAGAGCCGGACUGCAGAACUGUCUUUGGAAGAGCUAAGCAUCAGCUCAAAACAGCAACAGCAGGCAACUAAAGUUCAAGCAGUACCUACAGAAGAACCUGUCCAGAGAUCAAGCAGGAAGAGGAAAUUACUGGAAGAUGUUGAGUCUGGGAAAACACUUCUGCUUGAUGCCUACAGAGUGUGGCAGCAAGGUCAGAAAGUUAUGGCCUACGACCUGGGUAAAAUUGAGAAGAUCAUGUCUGAAACAUACAUGCUGAUUAAGCAGGUGGAUGAAGAAGUAGCACUUGAACAGGCAGUCAAGUUUUGCCAGGUGCAUAUGGGAGCAUCAGCCCAGAAACAGUCCACAGCAGAAACACCCACAACCCCAAAGCAUACGAAGGACAACAGAGAGAGCUUCUUCCCAGUAACACCAGCCACCCUGCAUCCUGCCCCAGUGAAUCCAGACACUGUGACUCCUGAAAAUCUCCUGAGAUUGAACGAUCUGCAUUCCAAAUCCAAACCAGCCUCUUCCUCUUCAUCGUCCUCCUCCUCAGCAUCUUCUUCAGUGCCUCCAUCCCAGGAGUCACACAGGGACACUGAACAUCUCCGGAGUCAGAAUGCAGAGACUGCUCCCAGCAUGAGUGAUCUUGCACGUGAGGACGAAGAGCUUGAAGUGCCUUUGGAGGGUCUUGGAUUUCAGCAACAGGAGUCACGGCUUUGUCAGCAGAUGAAAAUGGCUACUGUUGCACCAUCAUCAGAGCCUGUUUGUUGGCAAGUGGAAUCAGUGACCAGCACAAAUUCGGGACAUGUUUGUACCCAAGCCUCCAGUUCCAAGCCUGAACUCAGCUCCAGUUCACAGACUUUGGGAAGUCAGCAGAACAAGACAGAUGGCACCCGAGUAAAAACUCGCGUUCUGCCCAACAUGCCAAAGCUUUUCAUACCUUCAUCUGUCACCAAAUUUCCACCUGAGAUCACUGUCACUCCACCCACUCCCACCCUCCUUUCUCCAAAGGGCAGCAUUUCAGAAGAGACCAAGCAAAAAUUAAAGUCUGCUAUUUUGUCUGCUCAGUCCGCAGCGAAUGUAAAGAAGGAGAGCCUUUGUCAGCCAGCUUUGGAAAUCUUAGAGACCUCAAGCCAGGAGUCCUCACUGGAAAGUGAUACUGAUGAAGAUGAUGACUACAUGGACAUAUGAAUGAAUUCUGGCCAUCAUCAACACCAACCAUAUAACCAUUCUUGUUGCCAACAUCUCUGGCAGUCCAAACAUCCUCGUUGGCAUUGCUCACCAUUUAAUCUGCAUCGUGUUCUUCACUUUCAUUACCUUUGUUACCACCACUACCACUUGUAUUGCCUUCAAAAUCUUCGCCAUUCUCCCCAUCAUGGUGCUUAACAGAAGAAAAACGAUUGUUUACCAGGCAGUUAAUUCAUUUGGACCACACCGUCACCUUUAACUUCAGUAAAUGCAAGGAUUUUUUUUUUUUUUAGCUGCAACUGGCAUCUCUGUACUGUUUUUGCUUCUUCAACCAGAGCCUUGGGAUUCAAUCCAAUAGCUCUUUUCUAUAUCGUUUUCUUCCUUUUAGUUGUCUUUUUACAUUUUUGCCAUUAGUUAAGUUUUUCUCCCAAUAAUUCAACAGUGGAAUCUCUGUCUGGUCUUGCCAUGAUUAGUCUAGCUCCUUUCAAGGUGAAUGGAGUAGAAAAAGUUUGCUGAGCUGGUAGAGGAUUUAAUUUUAUUAAGAAAGUCUGUUGUGGGGUGAAAAGGGUGAGCGGACAGGCUGUCAGCUGCUUGGCACAGUUGUGUGCUUUGCUGGAAUUUGUCUUGGUGUCAGUAGGCAAAGAACCAGCUUAUCUAGGCAGACAGAGGGCUUGGCCUCCUGUUUGUGCUCAUUUCACACCAAUGUAAGGUCCAGCAGAAAUUACCAACCUGAAUGUUGGCUUAACGAACUGAUCUUUCCAGAAUUGUCUUACAGUCCUUUCUCUUCUAAUGCCUUGGACAAGCAUUUUGAACUGGGGGCUAGAUGAUAUUUUUAUGGUGGUAUUGAAAAAGACUUAAGAUUUCAGUACCGUUUCAGUAAUGUCUGUUUUUUACAGAAUGACAUGAAAAGGUGUUUUUUAUCUAUCUGCAGAGGGACUGCUCACAGUUAUUUAUAUGAGAAAAUAAUGGUAACAAAGAUCUUUUUUUUUUUUUACUGAAUAUUACCUUUGUAAAAUAAUGAAUGCAAUCCAUGCAAAAAAAACCUACGUCACACUAUAUAUACACACACGUGCUCACACAUACAUAUAUAUGUCUGUGUACAUAUAUAUAUGUAUGUAUUUGAAAAAAGGAAAUGCAUACAGCUUGCCAUGUUGGAUUUCUUUGUGUUUGAGGGAGGUGGUUUUCUGUAAAAUGCAGAGCUUUGUAUAAACUUUUGUUUUUUUCUAAUAAAGCUGAAAUGUACCUA